AUGGACACCAAGAUCUCCUUUCCCACUCUCGACCGUCCGUACGGCUUCGAACUGUGGCCUAUUUUCUCCAAGUGCUACUCGACCAUCUUCGGCUACGCGCCUGAAGACUUCCGCUUCAAAGAUGGCGAGACGGUGCUCUCGACCCUCCCCGCGACGCUGACCGCGUUGGUCGCGUACUAUAUCAUAGUUUUCGGUGGGCGCGAGUUGAUGAAGAACCGUCCUGCAUUUGUCUUGAACGGCCCAUUCAUGGUGCACAACCUCUACUUGACCAUCAUUAGUGGCGGUCUUCUUGCCCUAUUCAUCGAGCAACUCUUGCCCGAGCUGGCCCGCAACGGCGUCUUUCACGCCAUCUGCGCUCAUGAUGGAGGCUGGACUGACAAACUGGUCAUCUUGUACUACAUGAACUACCUGACCAAGUAUCUCGAGCUGAUCGACACCAUCUUUCUGGUCCUCAAGAAGAAGCCUCUUACGUUCCUCCAUACCUAUCACCAUGGCGCAACGGCGCUGCUCUGCUACACUCAGCUCAUUGGCCACACUGCCGUUUCCUGGGUCCCCAUCACUCUCAACCUGACUGUGCACGUGGUCAUGUACUGGUACUAUUUCCAAGCUGCGCGUGGUGUCAGGAUCUGGUGGAAGCAGUACAUUACUAUGCUCCAGAUCAUCCAGUUCGUCAUCGACCUUGGCUUUGUGUACUUUGCUUCCUACACCUACUUCACCAGCACAUAUUUCCGAUGGAUGCCAAAUGCCGGUACUUGCGCCGGCGAAGAAUUUGCAGCCUUCGCAGGCAUGGCCAUCCUCAGCUCGUACCUGGUUCUGUUCAUUUCAUUCUACUUUGCAACAUACCGCAAGCAGGCCAAGUCUGGCCGUCCUAGGAGGAAUACUGGCCGCGAAGCUCUGAUUGCCAUGAAGGAUUUCCCUGCGGACGCGGCUAAGGUUGCUGAGCUCGGCAAGGACAGCGCGAACGGUGCGAUCACCACUGGCCGUAGCAAUGGACCCGUCACCCGCUCUCGCAAGGCCUAG